AUGGCGAACACUGAGCACUCAAAAGAUGCUGUAUCGCAACCAUCAGCCCCCGCUGUACUUCAAACCACCGCUGGUGGAAACGCUGUUUGGCACAAUUUCAAUAAUGAUUUCGCCCACAUUCAGGAUCCUAAUGAACGACGACGACUCGCUCUAGCUGAGAUUGACCGCGCUCCAUUCGGAUGGUACCACGUUCGCGCAUGUGUUGUUGCUGGUGUUGGUUUCUUCACUGAUUCUUAUGAUAUCUUUGCAGUCGGCCUUCUCACCACUAUGCUUGGAAUAGUUUAUUUCCCGCAUAACAAAGGAGCUAUGCCAACCAAUUCAGACACUGCAAUUAAAGUUGCCACUAGCGCUGGCACAGUUGUUGGACAGUUUGGCUUUGGUAUUCUGGCUGAUAUCGUGGGACGUAAAAAGAUGUAUGGACUUGAAUUAAUCAUCAUCAUCUUUGCGACAUUGGCACAGUCCUUGACCUCGAGUUCUCCGGCUGUGAACAUCGUUGGUGUCAUAAUUUUCUGGCGUGUUAUCAUGGGAAUUGGAAUUGGUGGUGAUUACCCACUCUCUUCCAUCAUCACAUCGGAGUUUGCGACAACGAAAUGGCGUGGUGCAAUGAUGGGUGCAGUCUUUGCUAUGCAGGGAAUCGGGCAAUUUGUCGCUGGUCUCGUCAUGCUGAUCGUCGUUGUUGGAUUCAAAGAAUCUCUCCUUACAGCAAAAUCCGCUGCAGUAUGCCAGGGUGUCUGCGGAUUGGCAGUUGAUAAGAUGUGGAGAGUACUCAUUGGAUUUGGCGCUGUUCCAGGUUGUGUUGCACUCUACUACCGCCUCACGAUCCCUGAAACACCUCGAUAUACUUUCGAUGUAGCUCGCGAUGUGGAGCAGGCCCAGCUCGAUGUGAAGGCGUACAUUGCUGGAAAGUCUGAAGGACACCCUGACGAGAUUGCCCGUGUGCAAGGACUCCAAGCCGGCAAACAGCAAUUGACGAUCCCCAAAGCUAGCUGGAGCGAUUUCGUCGCCUACUAUUCGAAGUGGAAGAAUGGAAAGAUCCUUUUCGGCACAGCCGGUUCAUGGUUCUUGCUUGAUGUGGCUUGGUAUGGUCUGUCCUUGAAUAAUCCAGUCAUUUUGACCGCGAUCGGCUACUCUACAGGUCCAACUGUCUACAAAACUCUGCUAAAUACCGCUAUUGGAAACCUCAUCAUUGUGUGUGCGGGUUCUAUCCCUGGUUAUUGGGCUACCGUUGCCACCGUCGACACAGUUGGCCGAAAACCUAUCCAGCUUGUCGGUUUCAUCGUCCUGACCAUCGUCUUUAUUGGAAUGGGUUUCGGCUACCACAAGCUUUCAGGCCAUGGCUUACUCGGCCUCUAUGUCGUAGCUCAGUUCUUCUUCAACUUCGGUCCCAACACAACAACCUUUAUCGUCCCCGGCGAAUGUUUCCCCACACGCUACCGCUCCACCUCCCACGGGUUUUCCGCCGGCAUGGGAAAAAUUGGUUCCAUCAUCGGGCAAUCAGCGAUUGCCCCCCUACGCGUACGGGGCGCCACUCCAAAGAAUGCCAAUCCCUGGCUCAACCAUGUUCUCCAAAUCUACGCUGCCUUCAUGUUUGCGGGUAUCUUCACCACCUUGUGUAUUCCAGAGACGAAACGCAUCUCGUUGGAGAAAUUGAGCGGAGAGGAUUGGGGUUUGGAUUUGGAUUUAGACGAGGUAAGCGCGGAGCCCACGAGAGAGGGUGGGAGUGAAGAGCAUGCCAAGGGGGCGGAAGUCGAGGCGAAGAGUGUUUGA